AUGCCGCAGCGCGUAGCCGUCUUGUCGCACGUGAAGGCAAGCGCAACGGCUGUCCCGAGUUGCAGCAGCGCGCGCCGCAUCGCGUGGCACGGCGGGAAGAUAUCGUCGAACAAGACAGAGGCGCUGCAGAAGUUCUACCAGCGCAAACUGCGUGCGGGCGACUACGUCGCGGCGCAGCAGAUUGAGACGACGCUCAAUGUGAUCCCAAGUCAGGAAAAGUCGCGGGUCCACCCGCACUUGACAAAGACAAAGCGGCCGCUUUAUCCGGACACACAGACGACACGUAGCACAACAAGUGGGCGCUGUAUUGUGCUGAAGACGGGACGUGUGCUUGGCCCGAAGAUGGACUCGAAGCUCCGAGCGCAGAAAGCAGACGCGCCUCGUCAUGCGAAACAGCACAAGUCCGAGCCAGGGACGACGAGUAGAAAGGCGCCAAAGCCUGCGGCAGGUGUGACCCUGGAAGACAAGUUGGGACUGCCGCUGCAUGCACUGGUGGGGGACAAGGCGAAGCGCACGCUCCGUGGCGUGAAGCGGCGGUGA